AUGAACCCGCAAUGUUCUAAAUGUAAGGCAGCAAUUAGGAAAUAUAACUACUCAGUCAAAGAGAUAGAACGUAUGAGAAACGACUAUGCAGAUUUAAAGAAAGAAGCAGAAAAGCCAGCAGAAAAUAAAAUGGACAUGUUAGAAUUUCUGAACAAAAACUAUCCAACAGCAGACGAUUUCCUUCUAUCUGAUGUCAAGAAGAAGUAUAAAGAAACUUUCGGCAUAGUUAAAACAUUCGAUGUACUGACAGAAGAAAUAGAAGCUACGAAAUUGUUUAGGAUUUCAAAUAUACAUCGUACAAUUCAUGUAAAACGCUUAUAA